UUUCCUCACCCUCCGCCUGCGCCGCGGCUGGGGCUGCUGCGUCGGGUGAGGGAGCGCGAGCGAGUGGCGCAGCCAGAGACAGCGGCCUCCCCGGGCAGCGUGAGGGGGAGAGGCCCGCGGGGUGGCGGCUGGAAGGUGUUGGAGGCACCAGUGGUGCUAGUCUGUGAGCGCCAUGUACAAUGGGAUAGGACUCCCCACUCCCCGUGGUAGUGGCACCAACGGUUACGUACAGCGCAACCUGUCAGCCGUGCGCCACAAGAAGGAUCGCACAGACUACAAGUCGGAAGAGGAAUUGAGGAAGCUGGAGUCGUCCUUGGUCAAAAAACCUAACCAGGAUAUCCUGGAUCACGAACGCAAGCGGAAAGUUGAGCUGAAAUGCUUGGAGCUGGCUGAGCUCAUGGAAGAGCAGGGGUAUGGAGAAGGGGAGAUCCAAGAGAAGGUAGCCACUUUUCGGAUGAUGCUUCUGGAGAAAGAUAUAGCAGUGGUCAAGGAGGGGGAACAGCAGCAAAAGCCCACUGUCACAGAGACUCAUCAGCUGGCUGAAGCCAAUGAGAAGAAGAAUGAGAGGCUCCGAGCAGCAUUUGGGAUUAGUGACAACUAUGUGGAUGGCAGCUCCUUUGACCCUAACCGUAGGGCAAAGGAAGCUGCAACCGCUGCAGCAGCUAAACAGCAGCAGGAGCAGCAAAAGCAGCACAGUCUUGUCCGAGAGUCCAGCAGUUCCCGCUCACCGUCUCCAAAACAGAAAAAGAAGAAAAAGAAGAAAGACAGAGGCAGGUCUGAGAGCAGAUCGCCUUCUCGAAGAGAGAGGAAAAAAAGCUCAAAGAAAAAGAAACACAGGUCGGAGUCAAAGAAAAGGAAGCACAGAUCUCCAAGUCCCAAGAGCAAACACAAAUCCAAGGAAAAGAAACGAAAGAGGUCCACCAGCGAGUCGACAUCUCAGAAAGACCGCAGGGAUCGCUCUUCCUCCCCAGAUGGCUCUUCAUCUGAUGGCUCCCACAGCAGCAGGUCAGGCAGUGUCAGUACCCAGAAACGGGCUACAGGUAGACGGCAGAGCAAAUCCCCUUCAACAACUUCACAGAAGCGAGGAGAAACUGAGGAGGUUUCCAAGAACCUGCCAGAGAGAGAACGUUCAUCUUCUGCUGAACGAGCCCGGCAUGGCAGAAGCACAAGUCCAAGACCCAGUAGAGAAAAGCAGGAGAAAGCUGCGUCCAAACGUUCUCCAGUACAUGAGAGUCGCCAACGUUCUACCACCCCCCCACCUGCUAGAGAAAAGGAAAGAGACAAGGAGAAGAAGGCUGCUCGGCAUGGGGGUCGGAAAUCUACUCCAUCAUUUGAACAGGAUUCAAAGUUCAAAAGUCGUUCCCCAAUGCCAAAUGAUUCUCCAGAAAGAGCCUUGGGGCACAAGCGUCCCUCCUCCAAGGAGAGCAGGUCUCCCGCCUCUGUGUCCCCACCUCCUAAGAAGACCUCAGAAGAUCGUAAUGGGACACUCCCAUCAUCCAAGUCCAAGACAUCCCCUGAACAGAGGCAGCAUCUGGCAGCUUCUUCAUCUUCUCCUGCUUCUAAAGCUAUUGAGCCCAAGUUGAGAAAGACUUCUCAUGAUGGCUCUCCACCCCAGCGCUCCCGUUCCCCUUCAGAAAGUGGUAGCUGCUCCUCUUCCUCCUCCUCCUCUUCCUCCUCCUCCUCUCCUUCCUUAGCAAAGAAGCCAACUCAGGCUUCCCGUAGUUCUUCCCCUGAGGAGCCUCCCAAAAGACAAAACAAAGAGAAGGGUUCCACCCAGAGAGAGAGAUCUAGUUCAUCCCCUGAGAUCUCCCGUUCUGGGCAGAAGCAGUCAGCUAAGACCACAACAAGACGUGAACGUUCAGGCACACCUCCAGCCAAGAGCACUAAGUCAAGGGCCAGGAGGAGGGACAAAUCUCUUUCCCAAACACCCAUUACUCGCAGAGGUAGAUCUCGGUCUCGCACCCCACCUAAGAGGGCCAGAUCUCGUACCCCUCCAAGGAGGGGAAGGUCUCGCUCUGCUCAACGUCGUGCUCGAUCUCGUUCACGUACCCCUCAAAGGAGGGCACGAUCUCGUAGCCCGCAAUGGCGGGGACGCUCAAGAACACCCCAGCGCUGGGGCAGGUCACGCUCACGCACUCCUCCCAGAUGGGGCCGGUCCCGUACUCCUCAGAGGCGUGGCUGGUCUCGUUCCAGAACCCCCCAAAGGCAUGGAUGGUCUAGAAGCAGAAAUAGUGGGAGAUGGGGAAGGUCAAGAACCCCACCAAGAAGGGGCAGGUCACGUUCAAGAACCCCACCAAGAAGGGGCAGGUCUAGAUCUAGAACUCCGCCUCGACGAGGGAGGUCUCGGUCCCGAACCCAGCCUAGAAGAGGGCGGUCUAGAACAAGAAGCCCUCCUAGGAGGGGUAGGUCAGUCUCUUCACCAAGGAGGGAGAAAUCUUUGAUUUCUGCUAGACGAAGCAGGUCUGUAUCAUCUCCAGAUCGGAAGGCCUCCAGAAUUUCUUCAAGAAGAAGCCGAUCUAAUUCUUCCCCCCAAAUAAGAGAGAGAGCCAGAAAACCAUUGAGACGUAGCCAAUCUCUGUCAUCUCCUGAGUCAAGAAGCAGAUUGCGAGCAUCUCCAAGACGUAGUCGGUCUCAAUCACUUCAAAAAGCAAAAAAGAAGUCCCACUUAUCUCCCAGAAGGAGUCGUUCAGGGUCCUCCCCGAGAUCAAGGAAGAAAAAGUCAAGGACACCCCCACGACGUAGUCGCUCUUGUUCUUCUCCAAGACCGAAAAAGAAAUCCAGAUUAUCACCAAGACGAAGCAGGUCUGGUUCUUCGCCUAAUAAAAAAUCCAGGUCACCUGCCAGGCGUAGCCAGUCUAGGACACCUCCAGGACCCAAAAAUAAAUAUAGAAGGUCCCCAAGAAGAAGCAGAUCUGGCUCAUUGCCAAGACUCUCAAAGAAAUCUGAGGUUUCUUCAGCUGUUGAAGAGAAAUCUAAAAUGCCUUUCAGAAGGAGUCGAUCUGGAUCAUUGCCGGCAUUGAGAAAAUCUGAAUCUCCUGGAAGACGUAGCAGAUCAGGUUCUUCACCAGAUGUAGAGAAAAGAUCGCCUAGGAGACGGAACAGGUCUGAAUCUUCUCCAGAAGUCAAAACAAAGUCAAAGUUGUCAUCAAGGGCAGGAUCAUCACCAGGAACAAAGAAAAAGCUGAAGUCUCCUCCAAGACGGAGCAGGUCUGGAUCCUCUCAGUCAUCAGCGAAAGAAAGCUCCUUAUCUCCUCCAAGACGAGCCACCUCUGUAGAGCCGAAGUCCACACCGCCAUUGCAGCGAAGCAGGUCUGGGAGAUCCCUUGCAGCUAAAGAAAAAUCCAGAUCACCAGUCCUAAGGCAGAGCAGGUCUGGAUCACCUCCAGCUGUGAGAGAGCAGUCUGCCUCUCCUCCAAGGAGACCUUCAUCUGGAUCUUCCUCAGAACCAAAGAAGAAAUCCACUUCACCGCUUGGGAAACAUAGAAUUGACUCUUCUCCAAAGUUGAAGAAAUCUAGAUUAUCACCAAGGCGGAGCAGGUCUGGUUCUUCUCCACUGAUUGAAGAGCAGUCUAGAUCGUCUCCCAGAAGCAAGUCCAGAUACUCUCCUGAUGUGAAAAAAUCCACAUCACCUUUGAAACAAGUCAGGUCUGGGCCCUCUCCUUCAGCAGUGAAAGAGAAGUCUAGGUCCCCUGUCAGGAGAAGUGGGUCCCAAUCAUCUCCUGAACUAAAUGGCAAACCUAAAUCUCCCCCAAAGCAAAAUAAAUCUCAAGAAGUUAAAGUAAAAUCUGGAUCACCUUCAAGGCACAACAAAUCUGGAUCCCUGGUAGUAAUGGAGAGAGCUAUGUCACCAUGCCAGAAAAGCAAGGCAGGUUUAUCUCUGUCUGGAAAAGAAAAAUCACAUUCACCCCCAAGGCCAUGCCAGCCUGCAGCGUCACCUGUUCUUAAAAAGUCAGAGAUUCCAUUGAGGCGAAGUAGAUCUGGAUCUUCCUCGUCUUCCUCCUCCUCUUCCUCCUCCUCUUCUUCCUCUUCCUCCUCCUCCUCCUCAUCUUCUGCAGAGGAAGAUAAGCCUCGAUCACCCCCAAGACUGAGCCGUUCUGCAACACUGUUGGUUAACAAAGGCAAAUCUGUGUCUUCUCCAGUGCGCCGCAGGUCAGAUUCCUCCCCAGAGCCAGAGAGCACCACAUCUGCUGUUGCUGUAAAACACAACAGACCUGGAGUUUCUCCAGAAGUCAGAGAGACUUCAAGAGCUGCAGUAUUGGGGACUAGAUCACCUUUGGAGAAGAAAGAAACACCCAGAGAUGCUCCUCGGAGGAGUAGGUCAAGGUCAUAUUCUGGCAGUAAAGAGAAACCAAGAACACUCUGCAGUGGGAGCAGUUCAGGAUCUUCUCCAGAGCAAAAGGAGAACUCUGUAAGCAGGUCUGUGUCACCUGUGAGGCCUACUAUAAAAUCAAGAACACCUCCAAGGCACAGGACAUCACGCUCACCCCCAAGGCCUAGAGCAAAAUCUAGAACUCCCCCAAAGCGUGGCAGGUCUGGGUCACCACCAAGGCCCAGAGUGAAGUCCAGAACACCCCCAAGGCGACGUAGAUCUGGAUCAUCUCCAAGACCUAGAAUGAAAUCCAGAACACCUCCUAGGCGCCGCAGGUCUGGAUCAUCCCCAAGACCCAGAAUGAAAUCAAGAACCCCACCACGUCGGCGCCGUCGGUCUGGGUCAUCUCCACGACCCAGAGCAAAAUCUAGAACUCCUCCACGACAGCGCAGGUCUGGGUCAUCUCCACGACCCAGAGAGAAAUCUAGAACGCCAGUUACGAGGCAACGAAGAUCUGUGUCACCACUGAGCCCUAGACGAAAAUCUGGAACACCUCUGAGACGUGGAAGGUCCAGAUCUCUCUCUAGGCAGAAAAAUGCCAGUGUGCACCUGGGUAGGUCUGAGUCUUCAUCCUACCAUGAUAGACCAAGAACUUCCAUGAGACAAGGAAGGUCUGGUUCCCCCUCAAGGAGGAGCCGCUCCCGUUCACUGUCUAGACGACAAGAUAAAUCAAGGGGCUCGCUGCGGAGGGAAAGAUCUGUCUCUUCCCCGGGCCGGAGCCGCUCACGGUCUGCUUCUCGUCAGGACAAAUCUCGCUUCCUGUGGAAGGGCGAGCACUCACCUCGCAGAGGCCGUUCCCGAUCACCAGCACAAAGAGAAAUGUCGAGACUGUCUCCACAAAGAUCUGCCACUAAUCGGAAUGCAUCCCGUUCACCUCCCAGGUUAGAUGCUUCCCGUGGAACAGUGGCCUACAAAAGUAGCGGGUCCAGAAUCUCUCCUGAUUUCCAGUCAUCCCCAGUACGGAAGCGUUCCAGAUCAGGCUCCCAGGAAAUCUCUGCUUCUCCAGGAAGGAAAUCCCGUUCUCCUCCAGUGCUGGAGAAAUACCCCAAGUCCGAUGUUCAGGAGAAGUCAGCAGCUUCCUCACAUUGGCACAGCAAAAGCAGCACUGCCGUUCCUCGCACCCCAACUCCACCCCGCGAGGAUUCUCCCAAACCCCGAAAGAGCUUGUCUCCUGCUCCAUCCAUGCUACAGGAAUUGCCUUCUGUCUUGAAGAAUGGUGGUCCCGCUACUCUCCAUGACAUCCCAGGGGACAGGAAUCAGGCUUUACAUCCUAUUGUGGCUAGGGAUGAUGCAGCUGUCGGUGUUUCUCUGUUGUCAGGGAGAAGCAGUUCUUGUGCAGGAUCCCCUCUCCCUCUUAGCAAAGCCAGGUCCCCUUCCCCUUCCUCCUCCUCUGCAUCCUCCAGUCCCUUGCCAGCACUGGUUUCUGUGCUUGCCCCGCCUCCCAAGGAAGAGGAGCUACGAUCUGAAGGAAAGGCAGCAGAUAGGCCCGAGGCUCGCCUUCCAACCCUUGAGGCGGAGUCAGAGUUGGCUUCUGAAGUCACAGAGGAGAAUGGCAGGAAUAGCUGCCCCACCGCCCCACAGCUAGCUCUUCCCUCCCCGCCACCUUCUGCCCCUUCCAAGGUGAAGAGGAGCUCCUCCGCUUCGUCCACGACAUCUUCGUCAUCUUCGUCAUCCUCGUCUUCGUCAUCGUCUUCAUCUUCUGACUCCGAGUCCAGUUCAUCUGAGUCCAGCCCCCACAAUCAGCCAGAGAAGGAACUUGAGGCUGAGGUUGUACUGAAACAGCCACCAAGCCCGGUGCAGAGAGAAGGUAACCAUGAAGAGCAGCCUAUGGAACUGGGCAAACAUAAGCGGCGGUCUCGGAGCUCCAGCAGUUCCAGCAGCAGCUCUUCCUCCUCCUCUUCCUCUUCGUCCUCUUCCUCCUCCUCGUCUUCCUCAGCUUCCUCCUCCUCCUCCUCCUCAUCGUCGUCGUCGUCACCCAAGACUGGACCCCAGGCACAGGCCAAGGUGGCCACCAAAAAGAAACCAUCACCAGAGCCGAGGAAGUCCCGCAGCCCCCGAAAGCCUAUUGACUCCCUGCGAGACUCUCGCUCUCUCAGCUAUUCCCCAGCAGAACGGCGCCGAGUUUCUCCUCCAACCCAGCCACCUUUAGCUCCGAGGGACAGGCGCAGGGAGAGGUCCAGGGACAGAUCCUCUCAGAGGAACAGGCGAAGCAUCAGCAGGUCUCCAGGACGGAAAAGGCGACGCAAAUCCCCCAGCCCCAGAGCCACCCGCCGCAGAACUUCAAGGUCACCCUAAGCCCGUCGGAAGGUCUGGAAAGCCCUUGCAACCACAGACUGCGCCCCCCUGCCUCCCACAGCGCUGUCCCAGGUGGGAAGCCCCCUGCCUCCUGAUGCCCACUGGAAACCAGUGCGGGCGCAUGUGUGGGGGGCAUCUUCAUUUGCCAUCGGCUUUUUAUUCUCAUUAGUUUUUUCCGUCACUGUCCCCCGUCUUUAUUGCCCGUCAUUUGUCGGCAGCUACAUUCCCCUCCUCCCUGGACAUCUCUGCUCAGCACCCAUCAGGAUCCACCGCCUCUGCGCUCCUCCUCCUUCUCUUCCUCUUCCAACAGUUGGUGACGUUCAUUUUGAUUUUUUCCUCUCUCUCUCCUGUGAGCGUUUUUUCCCCCUGUGCGUUUUACAGCUAAGAUCUUCUGUGUUUUGAGAGGGGGGGGGUCUUCUUUUUGUUGAUUUAGAGACAUAAAAGGUUUAAAAAAAGAAAACAUAAAGGGGGUGGGGGUGGGCUAGGGAGAUACGUGAACUAAUCCGUUUGAUUUAGUGUUUCUCAGGCACCCUUCUCUGAACUGGUGGGCUGUAGGGAGAAGGAAGGAGAGCCUGUUGGCACUGGAAGUCUUCCACAUGCCAUUGUGGAGCCUCUGCUGCUCAGCGGCACUCACUCUGUUGCCCCCUGUUUCAGGAUCAGAUCGGCGCUGCGGGCAUCUUAUUUGAGGAGAAAAGCUGUGGUCUCUUUCAGUAGAAUGUGACAGUGGGGUUGAGUUUUGAGGGUGGUGAACUCGAAGAUUAGACCAGCACCCCCCCGCCCCAGUUUAAAAAACAGGCAGAAUUUUAAUACGUGGUGCUCCUUUUUUCCUUUUUAGCCCUCCCUCUAAGCAGACUCUUUUUCAUAUUCGAUCAGCUGAGCCAGGUCAAGGAGGGGUGGGGGGAGUGGACUGGAAAGGGGGCAGCCCAGGCAUUUUAUAGGGAGAGUGAGUUGAGAAUUGCAGGAAAGAAGCUGAGAAACCCUAAAUCAGGGAGGGAUGGGAACAGAAGUUUCUUCAUAUUUCUUAAAAGCAUUUAAUUUUUUUUGAUAUGUACAGCAAGGAGAUUUUUUCUGUCAAAUAAAAACUUAUGA